CAGCUACAAGUGUUUUUCAAUAAAAAAAGCUAUUUUCCUGAGAGAUAAAAGUCCCCCCCGGGGCGGACCUGAACGGAAAGCAUGACUUCAGAUCAGAAGUCAUAAGCUCUACUUCCUGCGUAAUUUCCGAAACACAGUAACACCCUCAAGUACCUCGGAGCCUUUGUGUUGGAACUCGGAACAACAAAUUUCCAUGGAGAUUCAACUCACGAACGUGCCCGAUCAAAUGGGUGUCCGACCCAAUUGGUGCGAUCUUCCGUCGGAGCUGUGGCGGAAGAUCGGUAAAUCUCUCCGCAAUCGCAUCGACCUUCUCCGAUUUCGCAGCGUCUGCAACUCAUGGCGAUCCUCAAUCCCUCCUUCUCUCCCUAACUCUCCUUCUUUCCCUCUCCAACUCCCCCACCCCAUCAAUCCCUUCACCGUCGUCUUCCUCAUUCAGUCCACUUUUUAUCGAAUCGAACCGCCCUACCAACCCUCCUCUUCUUCUCCAAAGGGCUGGUUGAUCAAAGUAGAAGGAGAAUCAAAUCCAUCGCAUUCUCAUCCUCUUCGUCUCCUAAACCCGCUUUCCGACCGGCAAUUUUCGAACCCUCUUAGCUCUUCGCCGAGAAUACUGAAUCUGCUGGACUAUCGGGUGCUGGAAUUAUACAAAUCAUAUUGCUUCCAGCAGUUCGGAUUCCCCGUAAAGAAAGUCGUCUUCUUCCCGACCUCGUGUUGGUCUGACGGCGAGGAUUCUGUGGCUUGCUGUAUCUAUCUGGAGGGUAAGCUGGCGUUGUUCAAACGAGGAGACAAAAAAUGGACGCUCGUGGAUGAUGAGAAUUAUUACUACGAUGAUGUUAUUGUGUACAAGGGUCAGCUUUAUGUGACAGAUAGGUGGGGUACGAUAUCUUGGGUCGACAUAUCUUCAUUGAAGUUGAUUCAGUAUUCGCCUCCAUUAUGUGGUGUUGGGCACAAGAAGCAUUUGGUGGAAUUAUGUGGGAAUCUAUAUGUUAUUGACAGGUACUAUGAUAGUGAACCCAGGAGGCUGAAUUAUGAAGCAGCGGUCGUGGAUUUUAAGGUUUAUAGGUUGGAUGAAGAGUGGGGGACAUGGGUGGAUGUGAAAGAUUUGGAAGACAGGGUGUUCAUCCUGGGAGAUAGCUGCAGCUUCUCCGUUUCAGCGAAUGAUUUUGCUGGGUACGAAGGAAAUUGCAUUUUCUUCACUGAUAUGUUCGAUGUUGGAAAGUACAACUUGGGUGAUGGCAGCAUCAAGACAUUUGAACUUGAUCCGUGUAGUUCAAAACUGUUCUGGCCUCCCCCUUCUUGGCUGAGAAUGUAAGAACAUGUUUGACUAUUUAGGUACAGUACGGGCUCUUUUCCGUCACUUGACUCUCUAUUACUUGUUGGACAUGUUUAAGCUGUUAAGCGCUGUAGAUCGGCUGUAAUCGGUGAUGCGGUUUAUUUAUCAAAUGUCUCUCUCUUGGAUAAUAAUAAUUCAUAAUAGAAUUAGUCUAAAAUAUGAUAUAGGAAAAAUAUAACUAAUAAUUUUCGCCCUAUACUAGCAUUUUGGAUGAUUGGGCCAGUUGAACUGUUGUUACAAUGAGUCUGUUCAAUUAAUGAGUAGAGGGGAUGUGGCACAUGUGAUAAAAAAGGGUUGGGUCUUUUAAACAUCAUUUCAAAAUUUAAUUCUUAAAAAAACUCU